AUGAAACAAUUGAGUGAAGUAAUACUCCAUACAGCAAAGCAAGCUCUACAAGAUGGAAUUCGAAUAUUCGCUCCAAGUUUGAUUUACCUGGAGCGUCGAACCAAAUUUCUCAGAUUUAGAUUUACUCAAAGCGCUCGAGCAAUUUGGAAAUUCCCAACUUGCUCAAGCGUACAUUCUGCAUCAGACACUCGUAGGCGCAGCUUCGUUAUCCCAUUGCUUGAUCUCAAGAAGACGGAAUUUUUUUCCCGAUACAUGAUUUUACAAAACACUUUCAAAGGUACUACCACGAAUACUGUCAUUCAUUUGCAUCAAAAUAACGGGGGAAAUUUUGAUUCAUGGCUCCACAUUUUUGUUCCUUUUGAACAUCAACGCAACACAUUCAGCUCUCUAGAAGAUCUAGCAAAUCAGUACAAAAUCAGAUAUACACCAAUAAGAGGACAUGUUAUGGAAACGUAUUUCAAAGGCAUGGCUGAGAUUGAGGAGAAGUUUUACACCACCUGGAAAGACAUGGCACUAAAUGAGAGCAUGGUAAAACUUGGUCGUGAGCGGCUACCGAUUUGGGACUAUCCUGUUUCAGACAAGUACACUAAGAUAUGGAGAGUUAUGCAAGAGUCUAAGUUUCCGAAAAACUUGAAGGAAGCCGUGAAUCGUAUUCUUACCUCAGAAGAAGAAUUCGCAGUUAUUGCGGACACCUCUGAAAUAAAAUACGAAAUACGCACAAAUUGUCAGCUACAACAAGUUGGUACGGAAUUCGCUGGCAUACCCUACGCCUUCGCUGUACAAAAAGGACAACAUAGUCUCAAAGACCGAAUCAAUAAAGCUAACGUCCGAGUUAAUUUUAAAGAGAAGUGGUGGCUUAGUAAUGCAAAUAAGGUAAGAGUUUUGCAAAUGUCACAUUUCCAUUUCUACAUUUAUAAAGCGGGACUUCUGAGAUGUAAAAACUUUUACUAUACACUGGCAAAAAUAAAAAUGGAAAAAGAAGAUCCUAUAAGGUUUGGUCAUUUUAACUCGAAUCGCCAAAAAUCGGAAACUCCGCAGAAAAAUUCGAAAUCGUCAAUACACAAGAUUUAUGAUCUAGUUUUUACAAUCACGAAAACUUUGUAUUGUCUGAACGUGUUUCUAAAAACUUAUGAAUUUCGAGAGAAGUGA